AUGGAUUUUGAUAAUCAAUCUUAUGCAAAUUAUACGCCUUCUGUCGAAACAUGCAUUAUAUCACGGAGAUUUAAUCAGACAAUUAUACCAGACAUUUACGCUGGUAUUCCAGUAAACUUUCUAUUUAAUUUAAUUGGUUUUGUUUUUUUAGUAUUAUUAUUCGGCUUGCUAAGAAAAAAAGCAUGGAAUUACGGGCGUUUAGCAUUAUUAAACAAAUCAGAUAAUAGAUGGAUGGAAUUAUUCUUCGGCGACAAUGAAGAAACAGCUGAAACUGCCGAAGCUUCUGCGAGUGCUCAACUGUCAACUUAUGAUAGAGGAUUUUUUUCGUGGAUUGUUACGGCUUUCAAAGUCAAUGGGACUAUGCGUCGUGAUAGCAAUGAAACAUUUAGUUUGACAACUUUAUCCAAUGUUGAUGCCAAAUCAAAUUGGAUGUGGGUUCGUGAUGCUCGACCUUCUGGGGAACUGGCAGCUAGAACAUUAUUAAUAAGCGAAAUCCCAAAGCACCAAUGCAACGUCAAUAGUCUUAAAGAGUAUUUUACAGAGGCAUUUCCGACAUUGACUGUAGAGGAUGUUACUCUAGCUCAUGAUAUUAAAAGAUUGUCAAUUUUAGAAGCUCAGCGCGACUGUGCUGAGCAGGCUCGACUAUAUUGUGAGAAUAAUAAUAAAAAAAAAGAGCCAAUAAAACUUUAUCCACACUUAUGUGGACAAGUAGUUGGGUGUUGCUGUAAAAAGCAAGUAGAUGCUUUAGAAUUUUAUACAGCCGAAGAGAUACGGUUGACUGCGCUAGCUGAAGAAGAAAAGAAAGUCGCUUUAAGUAAGCCUCUGGGGAUAGCUUUUGUAACAUUAGGUACACCUGGAGCUGCUCGGACAAUGCGUAGACAGCUAAGAUCAGCUCCAGCUAUCAAAUGGGAAGUUAACUACGCUCCGGCGCCUUCAGAUAUUUUUUGGGAAAAUUUAAAUAUACCAACACCUUUUUGGUAUUUCAAUGCUAUUCUUAUCAAUUUAAUAUUGGCUAUUUUUCUAUUCUUCGUAACGACACCAGCUGUCAUAAUGUCAGCAUUGGAUCAAUUAGAUAUAACUCCCGAACUUCAAAAUUUAGGUUCAGUAAUAUCGACGUUUCUUCCGACUCUCAUGCUUGUAAGUAUAACGGCUCUUAUGCCAGUACUAGUUGGACGCAGUGAGUUAUUAGUUAGACACUGGACUCGAAGUGGGCUCAAUAACGCAAUAAUGAAAAAAACAUUGUUACUUUUACUACUCAUGGUCCUUAUUUUGCCAAGUUUGGGAUUAACCAGCGCUCAAGCUGUUUUGGAACGUAAUAUUUUUGGUAACACAACUAUCAAAUGGGAAUGUAUCUUUUUAGCUGAUCAGGGUGCUCUUUUUGUGAAUUAUAUAAUAACAGCAUCUUUAUUCGGAUGUGGUCUUGAGCUAGUAAGAUUUCCGGAAUUAGCAAUGUAUACAAUUAGACUUUGUAUAGCAAGAAGUCGCGCCGAACGUGUUUAUGUCAGAAAAGCUGUAGUGUGGGAAUUUCCCCUAGGUGCACAUUACGCGUGGUUAUUACUUGUAUUUACAAUGACAACGGUGUACAGUAUGGCAUGUCCGCUAAUUACACCAUUUGCUUUGUUGUAUUUUUUAAUAAAACACAUGGUUGAUCGACACAACUUGUGUUUUGCGUAUGGGCCGAGUAGUGGAGGCGGUAAAUUAGCUAGUGCAGCGGUAAGUGCAGCAGGCGCGGCUCCUAUACUAGCACAAGCCGCGCUUCUGGCACUUGGUUUGGUCCGUAAAGGAUUGUCACCUCUUGCGGCACUUCAACUUAGCGGCCUUGCUGCCAGUAUUCUGGGCCUAGUUACUGGUGCUACUCUCCCAGCUUCAAAACCAAAACCACAAAUAAUAAAACGCGACUUUUCGACCGGUCAAAAUUUUAUCGCACCAGUAUUAAGAAAAAAAUAUGGAUCGUUUAUUGCAGAAGAAGUAACGUCUGUAGCUUCAAAUUCUCAAGUAACUGUUUUGACGGAUAGUAGUUCAACAAACACUACUCUGACAGAGAAUAGUGCAUCAUCACCAGUGCAAGAAAGUCCAAAACUUUAUCAAGAUUACGGUAAAGAUGCGCGUGUAUAA